AUGAAUCUUGUUCAUCAAGCCAAUAAACCGUCCGACAGUUUAGCGCUUGUUCGUGGAGAAAGUGCCCUUGUCACUGAGGGUAGUUUUCCAAUGAUUAAAUUGUUCGCACCGCGAAGUACGGAAUCCGUUGAAAAUAAACAAAACAACAUCCAACGGACAUUUUCUCAACAAGAUAUAACUGGAGUAACAAAUUCUCUAGAACGAAGUGGUAUUGAACCACUUGAUUUUCAACCAACUACUCAGAUAAAAACCACAACAACGACAAGCAAUAAUAACGUUACAUAUUCUUCUCAUACCAGCAUCAAUAGUACGGCAAUUCCUACUAGCCAAACUGUUCCAAAUUCAAAUAACAACAAUAAUUCGAGUGCCGUAAAUAAUAAUAGCUUGUUACCAACAGCAAAUAGUAUUAUUUCACUGGAGAAAAAAUCCAUCAAAAAAGUUGCCACACCCCUCGAUAGACGACGAAAACGUCUACAAAAAAUUGAAGAUAGUGAAACAGCGAGGAAUCCAAAACGAAGAAAAAACGAUACGACAAAUAAUACUGACAAGAAACAAACCGCUAUGACUGUAUCUGACUCAACUGCUCGAAAUGCUUCUAAAAAUGAUUUCUCUCCAGUUUCUUCUAUACAAAGUGAUUCUUGUUCAAAUUCAAAUCACACAUCUGAAUCAAGUCUUUCAUUAGCAACAACAAAACAAGUUCAAGACAAAGAUGAACUCCGACGCCAAUUACGUGACGUACAACGUGAUCUAGAAAAACAAGCAAGUGUUUUACAAAAAUGUUUAGCUGUGAAUAAAAAGCUAUUGAUCGAAAAAUCAACAUUGGAACGUAAACAAGCAAGACAAAAAUGUAUGGAAAAUCGUUUACGUUUGGGUCAGUUUGUUACACAACGUCAAGGUGCUACAUUUGUUGAAAACUGGGUCGAUGGUAGUGCAUUCACAGAUCUUGUCAAACAACAAGAAUUGAUCCAACGUGCUAGGGAAGAACUCGAACGUGAAAGACGGUCAUUACAAAAACGUCGACCAAAUUUUGAAAUGAAAGAAAAACCUGUCAAAACAUAUACUAGAGCAAAAAGUAAAGAUAGAGGCGAACAUGAUCAAAAUAGUAACGAUGGAACAAAAUUAAAUGAUAAAUCAAGAUCAAUAGUGACUGAUUGGUAUGAGCAAGAUGAAAUUUUACGUUUAAGACAAGCAUCAUUGAAAAAAGAAGAAACAGAUUUACAGAUUGAAUAUGAAAAACUUGAACGAGAAAGAAAUUUACAUAUAAGAGAAUUGAAACGAAUAUACAAUGAAGAUCACUCCAGAUUUCAAGAUCAUCCUGUCUUAAAUGAUCGUUAUUUGCUGUUGACAUUAAUCGGAAAAGGAGGCUUUAGUGAAGUUCACAAAGCAUUUUGUUUGAAAGAACAACGUUAUGUAGCUGUUAAAGUACAUCAGUUGAAUAAAGAAUGGAAAGAAGAGAAAAAAGCUAACUAUAUCAAGCAUGCACUGAGGGAGUGUGAUAUUCUCAAGACAUUAGAUCAUCCACGCAUUGUCCGUUUAUUUGAUGUUUUUGAAAUUGAUACUGACUCUUUUUGUACCGUACUUGAAUAUAUUGAAGGCAAUGAUAUUGAUUUUUUCCUAAAACAACAUAAACUAAUACCAGAAAAAGAAGCACGUUCAAUAAUGAUGCAAACUGUUAGUGCAUUACGAUAUCUAAACACCGACAUAAAGCCACCUGUGAUACAUUACGAUCUGAAACCAGCAAAUAUUUUACUCGGAACUGGCACAAGUAGUGGUGAAAUCAAAAUAACAGAUUUUGGACUUAGUAAACAAAUGACUGAAGAAACAUACGAUCCCGAACAUGGUAUGGAAUUGACGUCACAAGGUGCUGGAACAUACUGGUAUUUACCUCCAGAAGUUUUUGUGACUAGUGGGCCUAAUCCACCAAAAAUAUCGUCAAAAGUUGAUGUAUGGAGUCUUGGAUGUAUUUUUUAUCAAUGUUUAUACGGUAAGAAACCGUAUGGUCAUAAUAUGUCACAAGCAGCUAUAUUAGAACAUCAAACAAUUUUAAAUGCCAAAGAAGUUCAAUUCCCUGCACGACCGCAAGUAUCGAAUGAGGCAAAGUUAUUUAUUCGUCGUUGUCUAACGUACAAUGCACGAGAUAGACCAGAUGUUAUUCAAUUAGCCGAAGAUGAAUAUCUUCGUUCAUAUCCGAAACGAUCAGCAACAAAUUCAUUAGCAAGAACGGGUCAAUUAUCGAUUAAUGACAGUAGUAACUAA